CAGACGAACCCGGAAGUCCAGAAGAGGGUGGAGUAGGAGACGUUUGUCGCGAUAGUUGCUUUGUAAUACUUCGUCAGACAAUCUAAAGAGUUUAUAAAACUCAUAAUUAAUAUUAAUAUCAUACACAUCGACUGCCAGACAAGAUGCUGUCUUACGUACUUGGUCUCAUCCGCCGUGGAUAUGAAGGAAUCAUUGAUCUGAUCAUGAGGCUUCUGGGUUUCAAGAGAAGACUUGCCAUAACUCUGGAGGAUCCUAAUGAGAAAUAUCCCCUGCGCCUCAUAGACAAAGAGAUUGUGAGUCAUGAUACCAGAAAGUUUCGCUUUGCCCUGAGAUCUCCAGACCAUGUGUUGGGACUUCCUGUUGGUCAACACAUAUACCUGUCUGCUCGGAUAGACGGUAGCCUGGUGGUGAGGCCCUACACUCCAGUGUCAAGUGAUGACGACAAAGGUUUCGUCGACCUGGUGAUCAAGAUAUACUACAAAAACACUCAUCCAAAGUUUCCUGAAGGUGGAAAGAUGUCUCAGUACCUGGACAGUCUUCGCAUCGGUGACACGAUUGACUUCAGAGGCCCGAGCGGACUGCUGAUUUACAAAGGCCAAGGAGUCUUUGAAAUCAAACCUGAGAAAAAGUCACCCCCAGAGGUUAAGACUGCGAAACAUCUGGGAAUGAUUGCUGGAGGAACAGGUAUCACUCCCAUGCUGCAGAUCAUUCGGGCAAUCAUGAAGGAUCCCAAAGACGAGACUAUUUGUUACUUGCUCUUUGCUAAUCAGGCAGAAAAAGACAUCCUACUGCGUACAGACCUGGAGGAAAUCCAGGCCAAUUACCCAGACAAGUUGAAGCUGUGGUACACCCUUGACAAGGUUCCUGACAACUGGGAGUACAGCCAGGGAUUCAUCAGUGAGCAGAUGGUGCGGGAUCACCUUCCUCCCCCCGCUGACGACACACUCAUCCUCAUGUGUGGUCCUCCACCCAUGAUCCAGUUUGCCUGCAACCCCAACCUGGACAAAGUGGGACAUUCCCCCAGCAGACGCUUCGUCUUUUAGAGGGGGGGAAAGAAAACAAACCCCACACUAAUCCACACACCUAGUGUCAUGCGGCGCCGAUGCUGAACAAGCCCAGCUUUCACCUUCAUCACAGUGUCUCAAAGUACACGUGUGUGUUGAUAUGCAACUGUUUACCCUUGCAAUUGUGCGCAUUUUGGUAUUUGCACUUAAGUAGAUUUUGUCAUACCAGUCUGUAUGUGCUGUUUUUGUCAUGUUUUAAUACAUUCUUGAGUGCAAGAUGAAGGAAAGAAAGGAAGAGCAACCAAAAUAUUGGAUUAUUUUGUGAUAUCUAUUAAAUACGGCAGUAAUUGAAAUGCAUCGUUUGAAGAGCAAGAGUUUUUACUUUGUGUUUUUUGAGAAAAUUUAUUUUUUUUUUAAGUGCCUUAAUACCAAGCACCUUACUCUGGAACACAACAGUACAUUGGCUUUAAAGAUAAAGUGAAAAAAAAAAAACCCCUCCCUUUACAAUAUUAAAAAUGUCAGUGGCAUGGAAUGUCAUUGCAAAAGAUCAGCUAUUGCUAGCUUUAAUCAUGCUUUCACGUAAAAGCCGCACCUUUGUAUCAUUUUAAAGUGCAAAAAAUUAUUCAAAGAUGUCACCUGCCAUAACCAAGCCUGUAUCCUGUAUACUAUAUUGCAUUGCCUUGAUUAAUAAAGGAUUGCAUCACUUAAAA